GGCUCAGCCUGAGCGUCAGUGCGGCCUGGCGAGGCGCAGAGAGAGCAGGGACUCUCGCAGUGCUCGCUGUUAACGCACAUCAUGUCCGAUAGGAAGCGGAAGGCCUCCAGCUCGGAGGAGCCAGUGUGCGUGCUGUGUGGCCGGGCAGGUGGUGACCCGGACAUCUUUGGGCGCACUAUUGGCGAUGGUUCCGUUUGUACCCAUGAGUUCUGCUUGACUUUUGCCCAUAUCGCUUUCGAAGAAAGACCCCCAGGAGAGGAAUCUGUGGCCUUUGACCAUGCUGUCCUCACACACAGAGUCAAGCAGGCAAACCAGAAGGUGAGGACCUGUACAGGGAAGGCACAUUUGUGCCAGGAGGUCUCACACCUGGACACAAAGAAAGCCAUCGCAGCCCUGCCAACCACAGCCAGGACAAUGUCCUACCCCUAGGAGUUUAUCCCUGUCCACCUGGCAGCUUUGUAGAGUGUGACCCAGCACUGCCCGCAUCCUGUGCCCUGCCCAGAGGUGUGGGGCUGGCUGUGGAGGCCCCGAGCCUGUCGCUGAUGGGGCUCUUCUGCUCUUUCCAGCAAUGCUGUGUUUGCGGCGAGAGGGGGGCCGCCAUCACAUGCGCAGAGAGCAGCUGUGAACGCAGCUUCCAUCUGCCCUGCGCUGCGGAUGGCGAGUGCAUCACCCAGUACUUCGGAGAGCACAGGUAAGGGCUGUCAGCAGCAGCCAAGCCAGGGAGGAACCCCUAAGGUCACCUCCCAGCAGCCUGCCAGGGCCAGGGCCAGGGCCAGGGGCUCCGUCCUGGUCCUCUGCCCUCCUCCCAGCACUUCUCACCGCGCCCAUCCCUUCCACCUUCCCCCAGGUCCUUCUGCUGGGAGCACCGCCCUCGACAGGCAGCAGUGGCAGCUCCAGCAGAAAACACCUCCUGCGUCAUCUGCCAGGAGACCGUGGGGGACUGCCCGUCCUACCACACCCUGGUGUGCCCAGCGUGCACACACACCUGGUUCCACCGGGCCUGCAUCCAGCAACAUGCCUUGAAUGCUGGCACGGUGUGCUUCCGCUGCCCCGCUUGCAGAGACAGUACCGUCUUCUGCACGGAAAUGUCCACCAUGGGGAUCCAAAUCCCAGCCAGAAGACCGCUAUGGGAAGACAACCGCAUGUACACAUCACUGCUGGAGAGGCACAGGCGCUGCGACGCCAGGAAGUGCCUUUACCCCCGAGGCAGACGGCAGGCAGAUCUAAGGGGGCCCUGGCAGCUGAUCCUGUGCAGCUCCUGUGCUGCUGUGGGCACCCACCGACGGUGCUCCUGCUUGAGCAACACAACCACCACCUGGGAGUGCGACAGCUGUGCUGGCCUGGGUACCGCCUCCAGCACCAUUGCGCAGCUCGCUGCACUCAGCGCUGCCAGCCAGGACGGCCUGGGGACAUCCCACAGCCGCCAGGAGCCUGAGGACAGCUGCUCCGGUCCCACCAUCCAGCCAGCGUUGGGACCAUCACACAGUUCCCAGCUGCCGGAGCUCAGCUGCCAGACAAGUGUGCUGGGCACAGAACACGGGACAACCUGCUCAGCUUUUCCUGACCAUCAGGACGCACCUGAGCAGUGCCAAGCACGCUGUGGGAGCAGACAUACACCCACCCCCAGCACUGGAAGCAGCUCCCGCCCAUCCACCACACAGGGCACAUCGGGAUCCUCCAGAGCAGACACAGCAGCUGCGCGCAGGAGGCAUCCCAGGCAGCAGGGAACAAGCCGGACACGGAGCCGCUCCCCGCUGCAAGGUCCGGCUCCUCGUUCCCACAGCCGGACCAGAAGACCUCAAGGCAGCAGGAGAACAGCAGCUCCAGCUGCUCAGAACAGCACCCCCAGCACCAGCAGAGCAGCCACACAGAGGACCUUGAGGGCUUCCCUGCCUUCACACACUGGGGAACGGCCCAGGCAGCCAGGGGAGGCCCGCAUGCGAAGCCGUUCCUCAGUGGCACAUCGAGCCCCACGUGUCAGCAGCCGGCCCUGAGGAGGCUGCAGGACACGGUUCCAACAGUGGCGGCUAUCCUGGGCACAAAAUCACUCCUGGGUCCAACAUCCAAGCCAACAUCCCCCCGCAGUCAGCCCCCCAAAAUAUGGCACGGAAACAGCCCUAUGCCAGCUCCAUGUGCUGACUCUAAUCCCUAUAUCCAACACAAUAAACCCAACCAUCCCACACACACUUCUCUGACUGACGCUUCUUCUCUGCUUGUCCUGACAUGGGCAGACGUGGGCACUGGGACAUAGAUUGGUGGAGUCACACUCCGCCGUCCUUGCAGGAAAGGCACCAGGAGACACUCUACAAGUAGCAGUGGGUCAUCUACCCUCUAGCAGUCAGACGUGAGGGGGGAACUCAGGGAUUGCGAGGGAUGGAAACGACUGCCUGCUCAGGGCAGCAAGCAGACUGCCUCGCUGCCUGUGCCACCUGCCCAGGUGCCCGUUGUUCUCUUGGGGAGACCUCACUGUGGCCUUCCAGUACUUGAAGGGAGCAUAUCAACAGGAGGGGUAAGACUGUUUGCGAGGAUGGAGAGUGAUAGGACAAGGGGGAAUGGUUUUAAACCGAGACAGGGGAGGUUUAGGUUAGAUAUUAGGUGGAAGCUUUUCACACACACGGUGGUGGCACACUGGAACAGGCUGCCCAAGAAGGUUGUGGAUGCCCCACUCCUAGAGGCAUUCAAGGCCAGGCGGGAUGUGGCUCUGGGCAGCCUGGUCUGCUGCCUGGCAACCACCUACACGGCACGGGGACUGAAACUCGAUGAGCAUUAUGGUCCUUUUCAGCCCCGGCCAUUCUGUGAAUACCUAUGAGGCUCUGGGGCUGGAGGGACAGAGGGAUGUGGAUGUGGAUGAAGGUCCCUCCACGUUGCAGGGCUUGCCCUGGGCAAGUCAGACUGCCCUGUGUCAACACAUCAUCAAUCGGGAAAAAAAGAAGAGCCGUCAUCAUGGGGGACUCCCUCCUGAGGGGAACACAGGGCCCCACGGGCCGCUCACAGCCACCCCCUCGGGAUGUGCUGUCACAGGGUCAUCCCUAGGUCUAAGUCCGUGCCAGGGGGGCACAGGACACGCGAGAAAGGGGGGGGGAGGAAGGGGAAGAGAGACA